CAAUGGCGGCGGCGGGGUACGAGCGGGAGGAUGGCGGCGGAGGAGGAGGAGGGGGGCCGGGGGCGGCGGGGAGGGAGGCGUACGACCCGAGCUACGUGCCGGACUCGGUGAAGACGUUCGUGACGCACCUGUACAGGCACGUGAGGGAGAAGAACGUGUACGAGAUCCACCAGAUGUACGAGGGCGGGUUCCAGCGGCUCUCCGACCGGCUCUUCCGCGACGCGCCGUGGCCGUCGGCGGAGGCCGUGGCGCCCUACUGCGACGGCGACCACGUCUUCCUCCUCCUCUACAGGGAGCUCUGGUACCGCCACGCCUACGCGCGCCUCCCGCCCCCGCUCGCCGCCGCCCGCCGCGCCGAGUCCUGGGCCAACUACUGCGACCUCUUCAGCGUCGUCCUCCACGGCGUCGUCAACAUGCAGCUGCCCAACCAGUGGCUCUGGGACAUGGUCGACGAGUUCGUCUACCAGUUCCAGAGCUUCUGCCAGUACCGCGCCAAGCUCAAGAACAAGACCGACGACGAGCUCCACCAGCUCAAGCAGUUCGACAAGGCGUGGAACGUGUACGGGGUUCUCAACUACCUGCAAGCGCUGGUGGAGAAGUCCAUGAUCCCGCAGAUUCUCGAGAGGGAGAAGGAAGGGCUGGAGCAGUUCACCGCCACCGACGGCUACGACUACCAGGGCGGCAGCAAUGUGCUCAAGAUGCUCGGUUACUACAGCAUGAUCGGGCUGCUCAGGAUGCACUGCCUUCUUGGGGACUACCACACUGGCCUCAAGUGCUUGGCGCCAAUCGACCUGAACCAGCAGGGGGUCUACACUAUUGUCAUUGGGAGUCACAUCUCCACUAUCUACCACUACGGCUUUGCAAACCUUAUGAUGCGCAGGUAUGUGGAAGCCAUACGUGAAUUCAACAAAAUCCUGUUGUAUAUUCUGAAAUAUAAGCAGUACCAUCAGAAAUCCCCACAGUAUGACCAGAUAUUGAAGAAAAAUGAACAGAUGUAUGCCUUGUUGGCAAUUUGCCUCUCCUUAUGCCCGCAGCACAACCUCAUAGAUGAGAACGUUAGCACUCAGCUGAAAGAAAAGUAUAAUGACAAAAUGACAAAGAUGCAGAGGUUUGAUGAGGAAGCCUAUGCUGCAUAUGAUGAACUGUUUUCAUACGCAUGCCCCAAGUUUAUUACUCCAUCACCUCCAGCCCUGGAUCAGCCGCUUACGAAUUAUAACCAGGAUGCAUACCGUCUUCAAUUGAAGUUGUUCCUUUAUGAAGUGAAGCAACAACAGUUGCUUUCAGGAAUCAGAAGCUAUCUAAAAUUGUAUUCAACCAUAAACAUUGCCAAACUUGCGCAAUAUUUGGAAGUGGAUGAGGCAACACUUAGGUCUAUCCUGAUGACAUACAAGCAUAAAAUGCACGCGGUUGACAAUAAUGGAAAGAUUAUUUCCAGUGCAGACUUUGAUUUCUACAUUAAGGAGGAUGUUAUUCAUGUUAUGGAGUCCAAACCAAUCAAGCGUCAUGGUGAUUACUUUUUGAGACAGAUUUUAAAGUUCGAGGAAAUGAUUGGUGAACUGGAUAAAGUACAGUUUGACUGAGCCUGGUGGUGACCAUAGAGGAGCAGGGUACAUCCCUGCUUAGUUUAUGCUGUUGCAAGAGGCACUUAUGAUGAUUAAUGUUUACACAUCAAUAUCUGCCUUUUGUACUCCUUUUUGACUCCAAUGAUGAACCGGUGAAUUAUAUUUGAAAAUUGUAGGAGCUUCAGAGUCUGUAGUUUGCAUUCUCAAUACUGUGCUAUCAUCUGAUGAUUUAUACAAUAGUUGAGCUAUUUUUUCCCCUCUAGAUGUU